CAAUAACUUGAGCGUGAAAGUGCUUUGUUUUUGUAGAGAAUGCGUAAAGUUUACAAAGAACUUAAACCUGCCUCUUUUGGUCUUGGGAGGUGGAGGAUACACUAUUCGGAACGUUGCACGUUGUUGGUAAGAACUGUAUACGUUGACUGUGUGUAAUGGCUUGCGUCCUGGCUGAAAUUUCGUAUUAUUAGGAGAUUGAAAGUUUAUAAAAUAUUUGAGAGUUUGCACAAGAUUUUAAACCGUCACCCAUCUUCACUACCCAAAAUUAUAUCUCCAAAAUGUUGAGCGUAAAAACUAAAUUUUAAUAAUUUUAUUUGUCUUCCUCAUUUCCUGUUUCUUUGAAUUUCCCAAGUAAGUGUGAUUGGAUUCUCGCACAGAUCACAUAAUGCAGUCCCUCAAUAUUAUCCUAGUUCAUAGUUCAUACCACUUUUUGUUACUGUAGGCUGCUAGAUAAUUCUGUAGCAUGACAGCUGGUGUGUUUACAACACCACUGUAUAUACGGUUUUGAACUUUUAUCAUUGUACUAUUAUGUACUUGUACUUUUUAGGACGUAUGAAACAUCGAUAUUACUAGAUGAACAAGUUAGUAAUGAAAUCCCAGCUAAUGGUAUGUAACUGAGCAAGUUAAUUAUGGAAUAAAAAUAGCGAAAAUACUUGGGGAAGAAUGUAAGGCCUAAACUUGACAGGCAGGGCUUUAUAUCACCCCUUGACACAACGUUGAACGUUACGCCCAAGUUUGUACCAGCACCCAAAAUACUGUACAAGGCCAAAAAAGUCAUCUGAUAUUAGGCACAUGUACUGUAGACUUCAGAAAUGGGCAGCAGUUAUGUGAUCGGGCUUAAGAUACAGUAGUAUAGGUCAGUCCGGACUAAUAUAGUCGAAAAAAGUUUUCCGGACUAAUAUAAGCAUAUUCAAAAAUUUUCGACCAAUAACAGCAAUGCUUCCGAUUUUUUCACCACAAACGUAACUGAAGCUUUAAAAUUGUUAAAAGUGCGAACCAUUUCAUAACUUUUAAUAACUUCGACCAUCUUAUAUCCCAAACUUUUACCAAAUUUUUCCGAGUUUUACCUUCAAUUUUAAGCAAAUAUCAGUUCCAUUUUGACCAACUUUGGGCAAAUAUCAGUUCCAUUUUGACCAACUUUGACCAACGUGUGAAUUAUUGGGGAGGGGGGGGGGGGUGUUACACCCCCGACACACACGCCCUAUAGCGACGUCCCUGCUUCGACGUCUCUAUAUCUCCUGAAAAGGUCGCUUCUUGUGCUCAUCGCUACCUACACUGACACCGAGAUUAUAAUUUUUGACAUUUUCAGGAGCUGGUGGAAUUAGAGAAGCUAGAUUUUUUAAUGUGAAGUGCUACAGUAAACAUGUACAUAACAUGCAUGUUUGCUAAUCAUAUACUUCUUUAUCUGUUUUAGAAUAUUAUGAAUAUUUUGGACCAGACUUUUCUUUACAUCCCGAAAUUGGCACUAAACAUGAAAAUACCAACACUAAACAGGUUAGUUGUUUUAUUGUGGAAACACAACUUCUUUUACGCAUGUGGAACAUGUUGUUGAAUGUUGGUUAGCCUUAGCCUCCUCCGCAGGCAUCUCGUAGUUCACGUACUUCAGAAAGUUGGUGAGAUGCCUGCCAAAACCUGACAUGGUUGAGCCGUUCUGCGCAUCUUGCUUGCGCAGCGAUUUCGUCUCUAGGGUAUGCACGUGGGGAGGAUUUGUCAUCCAAGAUGGCGGAUUGCAUGGAGUGAAGAAUUAUGAAAAUUAGUGAAUUUAUAUUAAUACGCUCGCUAAAGGCGGCUAAACGAUUAAGAAUACAGCUUUUGUGGGCAAUUGAAAGAAUCUUAACCCGGAAAUUAAAAUUGUCAUCAAAUAAUUUACAUGUUGUCAGCUGACAUAUAUUUUUGUAUAUCUGUAGAUGGAAAACAUCAUUGAAGGUUGUCGGUUGACAUAUAUUUUUGUAUAAGCUGUAGAUGGAAAUAGAAAUAUUGUUGUAAUCUUUUAUAAAGGUAGACGUUGUGUUAAUAUCACAAUGAAAUGCAUUUAAUUUCAUAUAAUUUUUUUUUGGAUCAAUUAGUUGUUUUUUGUUUUAAAUAAUUGUUAAUGUCUGGCUGGCAUAAUUAUUUAAAAUAGUACAAUUAUCAUGUACAGUUAGUUCAUGGUUGUUAGAAGCAGGACAAAAUUGCCCUACAUAGGAUGUGUAGAAAUGUAACAAGAUAAAAUAUAUUUCGGCAUGAUAAUUGUGGACCCAGUGUUAAUAGAAACCAAGGCAAGAGCCAGAUUGAUUUGAGUGAAAAAGCCUUGGUCUGGUGUUUGGUUGUCAGAUUGGCUGAGUAUGCCAGAUUUACUAGGGGGGGAGGCACCCUCCAAGCCCUGACAGGAGGGGGUGCAGGGGGUGUUUUUUAUUUAAAAUAUAUAUAUUAUUAACGUUUGCCCAAGAGCACUAGGCUCAUCUAGGGGCUUACGUUACAUUCACUAUUACAUUAGACUGAACAGACAUAUAAACAACGAAAAAUGAUAGCUUUGACGAAAUUAAAGAAAACGUUUAGAUUCCCUAAUAUAUUGUUGAACAUACCGGGAAUUAUAACAAGAUCGAGAGGCUAAACACGAAUUCAACAAGCGUCAUUUGAUAUCAUUCGUAUAUCAAUGUGUUUAUGUAUGCACAUGCAUUUGUUGCGUAAGUAUGCGGUGAAUUCACACGUUUGCUUCGUAUUUCGCUUUUCAAACCAAUCAAAAUGCUUUAACUUCAUUUAGUUUAUCACAGAAUUCGGGCAUAGUAAUUGUCGAACGCCAAAUGUAUCGACCAUUCACGCUAAAUCGAUCUGUAUUUCAAUGUCAAUUUCAUUACCAUCUUGAGGUUAUUAACCGGCCAGAUUGGGCCUCUGAUUCGGGAAUUGGGUUUCAAUAAAGUGUCACAUUAAACUGUAUUCAAUCAUUCAAAAGUAGAUUAUAUAAAACUUCCUUUCUAGCUAUUUCAAGGCACUCUUUAAUAAAACAAACACUUAAUUUAUUUGGCCCGUAUACAUUAUCAAUACUUUAGCACAACAUAGGAAAUCAAGUUCAUGUGUGAGAGAAAUUUAGGAUCUACUUUAUCUACAUUUGUGAUAAAUCGGCAAGUUGGAUGUCAUGAAAGAUUGGUAUACGUACAGUGUAUGGUAUGUCGCUACUCAUGAAAAUUUAUUUUAGUGUCUUAUCACUAUACUGCAUGAUCUUUAGUCUACCAAAUACAUAUUCUUACAAUUUCUGCUAUUCUCAUGCAUGCAUGAUUGCAUGUUCAAUCACAACACUGUGGUUUAAUAUAAACACCUGAAUUGCAUUUUGAAUUUUUGAUCCUGCUAUUUUAAAAUAUUGAACAAGUUAUUUUUCUGAGAUUAGAGAGUCACAUACAUAAUUCGAGAAUUAUAUUGUGUCAAGUUCCACCAAUCAUAAUUCAAAUAAAAUAAGUGGAGUUAACAAAUACAUGUUGCAAAAUUGUCAACGAGCACAUUGACAUUAAAAAUAAAUAAAUCGUAAAAAAAAAUGAUGGUGAGCUUUGUUUGUCGUGUUACCAACCCUCCAAUCACGCACUUGUAAGAUAGAAGCUUUGUGGGGAAGCUGCUGGUUGUCUUGGCCCCAUCCAGGUUUCCUGUAAAGAUAUUGCAGGUUUUUCCUGGCCUCCCUGAUAUUUCAGCUGUAGUAUGAGUGAUGGUAAUACUCAAAUAUAUGUCUUACGAUCAAAUGCGUAGUUUUAAAGAAAAAAUUGCAUAUAACAUGAUUUUAAUCAAUUAAUUAUUUAAAGUGUGUCGAAAGAGAAAUAUAGACGAUAUGUCUUCGAAAAGCACAAAGAUCAUCUGUCUUCUAUACGAUUACAGUUGUGGUGGGAGUUGGGUUUUUUCGUCUAUGGGGAAUACACAUGCUGUGUAUUUGUGGGGAUGGAGUGCUCCCAAAGGUCACCCUCAACCCCAUAGACUCACACAAAUCAAUGUAUUAUACAGUGUAUUGUAUAGUAAACAAUGACCAUCACGGGGAUCUACUACCCCUUGGACAUUAAAGUAAGCAAUGACCAUCACGGGGAUCUACUACCCCUUGGACAUUUAGGAUGCCCAUCUCGGGGAUCUACUACCCCUUGGGUAAAGUCCAACAUGGGGGAACUACGACCCCCUGAGGACAUAUAAUUAUAUCAUAUUCAUAUUGUUGUAAUAGUGGGUCUGUGGGGCGACACUUUGGCCACAGUUUAAAGUAUCGGAGCAUUUCUCCUCGACAACCCUUCUCCCACAACAUUGUGUGUGUCAUAGUUGUUUUCUUAAUUGUCCUAGAAUAUUUGCUUAACGAAUUGGUGCAUUAAAGCAGGUUUAUACAUGCUCAUAGCAUUAUAAACUUAAGCAUAAACUUGUGCAGCAGCCGAGAGCAAGAUUGAUCUUAGAGCAGCAUACCGUGGGCAUUUGAACAAGUAGUGAGCUACUGUUUCACAGCCAGCACCACAAAUACAGUCAGGUGUUAAAGUACGAUUCUAAAUAGAUAGUAGUUCAACGCACAACAGUUUAAACGCAAACGUGCAUGCAAUACUGAAGUAUCUCUAUCAAUGGAAUGAUAAAAAUAGCUAUGAUUACGGUCACAUGAAAUAUAAAAAAAUUUAAGAAUAGCUUUUUUGAAUAAAUUAGUAGAUGGCAAGCUACGAACUGAGUACUCAACCGAAUUCCAUAACAUAGUAGCCGAAGGAAAAAAGGAUUUUUUAAAUCUUUCAGUUCUAGCAAAAAACAAAGAAAUAUUAGAUGAAUGCCUUAAUGAUAAACCGGACCUUUGUUCAACCGUCUGGGGCAAUAAUUUUGACAAGUAUUCUGGAACAUGAUUAUUUACUAUUUUAAAAUAUAAAGCAAAAAAUAAUAGAGACAAAAUGAGAUACAGUAAUUUGAGCAAUAACAUGAUGAUAAACAAACUGUGAACAACAAUUACAAUUCAAAUACAGUAUGUUGAUGGGCGAGUGGCACACAUGACUGACACAACUCUGCACCAGAGCUUGCAGAGCAGCCCCCUACCAGAUCAUGCUGGAUCAAUCCCUGUAUUAUUUAUACAUGGAGGUGUAUCUCUUUUGGUGGCGUAAAGGCAUGUUUUUUGUCAAUUUUCAAGUGACAAUCCAAAUUUUUAGAUGGGAUAAAAAAUAGAUACCAUGCAGUAAUGCAGUAGAAUAAUCUUGAGCGUAACAUCCAACAUAAUACAGCAACAAUAUAAAUUGUAUAACCCUGCUUGAUUUAUAAUUAUUGAAUAUAAACACUUCUUGCAUUUGGUCAACUUGCACAAUAGUUGCUUGAAAUUUGUGUUACAACACAGUCAGCACUAAGCAGUUUACUCAGCGUUUACAUAGUUUACAUGCUGUACAUGUACCCAACAAAUCCCUGAAAUAUUUCUCGCUAACGAGUAACAUACAGCGUAAAAAACACAUGGGAUUGUAAAUUUGAAGUUCUUUGCUGAAAUAUCUCAAAAUUGUGUAGACAAACCAGUUUCAAUGUCAUGCACGUCCACUAAACUAUAUAACAUAUGUAAUCGACAAUUCCAAGAGGCAAGAGCAUCCAGACCCAUCCAUUAUCCAGUUGAAAUUUUGACAUUUACCACUCCAUCUGCCUUCUAGAGUAUUCCGUUUCCCAAAAGUAUUAAUAUUUGAUGUUAUAUGCAUGUAGGAUACAGACCAAAUAUAAAUUGAACGGUUGCAAACAUUCUUAUAAAUUCCAUUCACAUUUCACACUUCGUCGCUCGAUACGAUUUACAUAGCCGGUUUCGGCGUGGUUUGACCAUCUGGUUUCGUUAAAUUCCGGUCAUCCGUUGUAUUAAAGUGCAAAAUAAUCCAUGUUUCAUUCAUAUUUGUAACAAUUUGCAACAUAAAAAUGAUAUUGUUCUCGAUCGAUAUUUUUUCGAAUUAUGUCUGAAUAUAAAAAGAUCGUAUCCUAUGGGAGUAUGGGGUAAACACAGCUUUUGAUAUUUUGUAGGAGUUUUGAUAUGAACAAAUUAAUCCCGUGGGGGUGGGGGUAACAUAGUCGGUCCACCAGGGUUACAUAGCUGGUCCAAACUCUUCGGAGGCUAGGUUAGCCUGAUCUUCUGUUGUGGAAAACUCUUAUAAGUAGAGUAGUUCGACCGAUAAUAUAUACUUUUUCCAUUCUUGAUUAUAGCAUUAACCACUGUCUAUACUGUCUAUACUAUUUCUCGUGCAUGAGAACUCGUAUUCGUGCAUCAUCGCGUGCUGUAUACUAUUACUGCUACAUGCAUACGUCUCUCAAAAUAAUAAUUCAUGAUCAGCUUUGUUUCGUGUCCUGAUGCAACCACAAUUAAUAAAUGGCGAUAAAUUAAAUCAACUUUCGGCUUGAAUUGCACUUUAAAUUAUAUGAUUUGUAUGUUUGCGAUGUUACUCUGAGUGCAUAUCCACACCGGGCGAGCUUGAAAAAUAUGCCCGGCCACGGUGGGAUUCGAACCUACGACCUUUGGAAUACUAGCCCAAUGCUCUUCCAACUGAGCUACGGGCAUAUUUUUCAAGCUCGCCCGGUGUGGAUAUGCACUCAGAGUAACAUCGCAAACAUAUUAUUCACCUGAGUACACAACACCAACACAGAAAAAUUUAUAUGAUUUGUUUGAGAAAUUCCUCGAUUUUUAACACACGUUUCGGUGUAAAUCACUGCCAAUAAACUCUAUCUCGUGUACUACAGAUAUAAGGUGGAAUGAUUGGUUUUUAACCAAUAAAUAUAUUUUUUGUAUGUAUUUGCAUGUAGUACCUUGAUAAUAUCAAGCAAACUGUGUUUGAAAACCUCAAGAUGGUUUCUGGAGCACCUGGAGUACAAAUGCAAGUUGUUCCAGAUGAUCUAAUAUCAAUUGAAAACACCCGAAAAGAAAAUGGCCCAAAUAUUAGAGCUGCAGACUUCCACAGGUGUGUUGGAUCACUGAAAUUCAUUAUCUCUGUUUACAUAACAGCCGAUUUAAAGACUACCUGCCCAAGCUACACCAACACUAGGGGAUAAUAACUAAUAACUUGUCAAAUAACUUGUUGUAAUAAUAAUAACUUGUCCUACAGUUUUAGUCCUGCAUUUCCAUGCAGGGUCCUAUACUAAUACAUUCGUGUAAAUUCUUGGUUUAGAAUGAACAACGAAUUUUAUGACGGAGAUCAUGAUGUUGAUAGGGAGGACAAUUUGUUGGAAGUCUAGUUAUAGGAUUGUCUUACAUCAGCUGGAUUUUCAACGUCGUUGGGCUUUUUUUACAUCAGUUUUAUCUUGCUUUAAUCGCCAGCCUGAAGUCAGAUCAGAAAACCGACUGUUCGAUGAAAUGUGUUACUGAUUUAACUGCAUGUCUAAACCUCGAUGUAAGCAUGUAUAGUAUUAGGAACAUGUAUGGAUAUUUGAAUUGUACAGUGGUAAAUAUUUUUUUCAAUAUAGUUGAUGAUGAUAAAUGUAUUGGGCUUGUGCCUGUUGUAGAGUACCUGGUAUAUAUUAGACUAAGUUUGACAACUUUGGUGUCGGUAAACAAGGUCAUGCCUCGAUGUUUAUAAAUUCAAAGCACAGUGGACUGGUAUAUGUUGCAAUCGAGUAGGAAUGCGGGAACAUUCGAAUGCAUUAAAAAAGGGAGUGACUUUGACCUAUUGAAUAAGCUGUAGACCAGAUCAGGUUAUUGACGCAAUGUUCUGUUUCGUAAAGACAUUAGAUUUAGAGAUUCCAGACUGUGACCGACACUAUAAAAAACCUAAACCUUUGAGCCGUUUCCUAUUGUGACAACACAAGGAAGUAGUGUUCCUUUUUCAUUGCUCUUAAUAUUUUAUAUCUGUCUUUAAUUACGGUAGUAUAAGUACUUCUUAAUAAGUUGCCAUUGUUUGUGUCUGAACCCUUGAAAAAGAUUAAAACAUCUUUGAGUGAAAACGUUUAGCUAGCUAACUAUGGUGCUUACGACUAAAAAGAAAUUAGCUUACCUAUUCAGCUUUCCUAUUGACUGCCUCACGGGUUUUCACUCAAAAGUGCGUAAAAAUAACGGAAAAUUUGGCCGUACAUUACUCCAUGAUGUAUGGAAGAACAGAAUAUACUGGACUGUAUUUAUGUCUCAAAUGACAGAUGUACUAUCGGAGCUUAUUUCUGAACUUUUGGCUACUACAGCUAACGACCCAAAGCUGAAGACAAUUGCACGUUCUUGUUCUUUUACAAAUAUACAUUUAUCACUGUAUUUUCAUGAUCUAGAACGUUGUACAAAGUAGACACCAGUUACACUUCAUGACGUCAUAAAUUUGUUUUGCAAAGAAAAACGCAUCAAGCAGGGCCGUCGUUAACAUCUUGUCGGCAAAAUAACGGAUUUAUCGGCAAAUUGUUUUCGUGGUCAGCGAAAAUAUUUGAUUGGCUCGGAUUAAAAAGUAAUAGUUGGGGCAAAAAAUUUGAUAAAUUUACGAAAAAUAUUACCGAAAAAUAUAACUAAUUAUGGUACGAG